CCAACACCUUGGGACGCCGCCUGACAGGCUCCUCUCGCUCACCGGUAUCUGUCGGCCCUUGCACUCGCCUUGGCCUAGCUGACAUGUCAAAUCCUCUUUCUCCUACCUGAGUCGACUUCACAAGCCGCAAAGACUUCCAUCCAGCUUAUAAGCAAAGAAAACACCCCGUCCCCGUCCGUCCGUCCAUCCGUCCGUCCGUCAGUGGUCCCAUCGCCCCCGCCAUGUGCGAGUGGUACCGACGCAACUACGCCUGCGGGCAUCACUUCACCGGCGCGUCAGAGUGGUGUUACCGGUACAGCCAGACGCAGAAGCGCUGCAAGGUCGUCGUGACGCAGGUCGACUACGACUCAUCCGUGUGCAAGAGCUGCAAGAAGAAGGGUGUCAAGACUGAGGUGCCAUGGGAGCACAUGAUCGACCGGUCCAAGUUCGACCCGAACCGAGACGAAUGAAAGCGAAAGAGACGUUGCCGAAAACGAAGACUCUGUACGAUAUGAUUCUCGUGUUUUUCAGUUUUGCAUAUCACGCUCUCGUAUGGCGUUGAUUUUCCCCGGAGCGAGGCGGUUCUCGCAUGGCGUUGGGACGGACAGACGGACGGACGGACGGAUGGUAAUCGCGAUCGUGGGACUUCGCACGUCCACAGCUUACUAGAGCAUCAGAAGGCAUCACGCCCAUAUACCCAUUUGAUUUUGAAACGGGCGUAUGCCGUUGGACGGCGGUUGUAUCUGGAUUCUGGGAAGCGGGUUCUUCAAAAGUGUACUCAACGACACAUCUUGCUUGUUUUUGCCGUUGGGUUGGCUCAACAAAAUACAAUGAAGGCUUCUUUUUGG